AUGUUGCGUCGAAUUGAAGCGACUGUUAACACAUCAAUUAUACCAGCGCAAAUCCUGGGGGUAGAAACGGCCUUUCCUCGCCAGCGGUAUCUCACCAAAUGGUGGCGAGAGCUGCAAAAAGAAAACCAGUCAAUUGAACCCAACUUGCUGACCAACUCCUUGGGAAUUUUACGUGACCAGGACGAAAGUGAUGCAUUCGUGGACUUUCUCUAUGACCAUCUGGAAGAAAUGGAGCGCAUGUUUAGACGAAGAAGAAUAGCACAGCCUCCGGAUGUGGUUUCAAAUGCCUUGAAAUCAUUAUUUCGAGGUCUUUCAGAGCAUAAGGAUUGCAAUUGCCUACCCGAACAUGACGUUUCCGUCAGACUUUGUUUGGGGACAUUCCGGAGUAAUCUGGAGCAUAGUUGCGACUUUGAUAUGUUCUUUUCGCUGGAAAAUGAGUGGCACGAAGCAAAUGUACGCAUUGCCACAUCCAGCGCAGUCGAAUCCACCUCCGCCAAUACACCGGCGAUUGGAGACCCGGAAGCUCAUGAGAUGAGAGUCAAGAAACUAUGCCAGCUCAUGAGGCAGAGGAAGGCGCUAGACCACUUGCAACUACAGGUGGAUGAGGACAGCCAGCUUUAUGAACUGUACUCUAAGAAAUCUAUUCUCGGUAUUAAUGACAAGGAAGCACCAUUUUCGCUGGAAGACAUUCUAAAGUACUACAGAGAGUUGCUUAUGCUUUCAUCGCCGACAAAGCAAAUUCUUGCACUGAUGCUCGGGUAUGCGGUACUCUAUCUUACCAGAACCCCUUGGCUUCCACCUACAUGGGGACCAUCAAACAUUUUAUUCUUCAAUAAAACUUCUGGUGAAAUGCCUCUUAAACCUUUUAUCCAGACACAGCUGACACAUGAUGCCAACGCUAAUACUUGUGAUGAUAAACCUGACCACCAAGGCAAUAGAAUGGUUCACAAGUGCCCACAAAUUGCCGCACUAGGUGUCAUGCUGAUCGAGCUGCAUUAUGCAACAAGAAUAGAGGACCUGGUAGACAACCUGACAGAGGACGUACCAGAGGACCUGGACGAAGACGUGACCGAAGACGUGCCAGAGGACCUGGCAGAGCAUCAUGCCGGAUCGAAUACCCGCACAAGGUUUACAGACGCACAACUGGUUCUUGCGAAAGACAGAAGUGUGCUCAACAAAGGGUCCCACUACCUUUAUGCUGCAGCAAAGUGCCUGGACCCCAAAGUUUGGGAAGACGAGAGCGCUAAGGCAUUGGAUGAUCAGAAUCUCCGGACAACUAUAUACCAAGAAGUUCUUCGAACUGCUGGCUCCGACCACCUCUGGUCCGCGCGAGACACUCGCGGCUCCUCCGCUCCAGAUAGUCCCGUUAACCGUCGCCCCGACAUUGCCGCCGUGCCCGACGAGACAAAAGCGCGAGAACUUGCGAAAGCGGAAUACGGUCCACUGUUAAUCUUGAAGAUGAGCGAUAGAGAAAAGUCAACCGAGAAAACUCAUCCCCGUGGUGGAUUCUUAGUGAUCCUAGCCGCCGUGGGUGACGACGGAAGCACGACUCAAUAA